GUUAUAAACACUCUUGGAGUUAUUGCUGGUAUUUAUGGUGGUUUAUUUGCUCUUUAUACGUUCUUAUUUGGAGAUGUUUUAAUCAGACCAUGGGGCUUCGUACAUUAUGGAUGUUGCGGAUUAAGGAAAAAAACUGCAAAAAGCCUCUUACCGUUAAUAGAUAAUUCUCUAAUAAAUAAUAAAGAUUCGAUUCAAAUGAGACUUGAGAAUUUAGGAAAACUUUCAAUGGAAGAAAGAGUUGAAACUCUAGAAAAAUUUAUAUUAUUAUUUAAAGAUAAUUUUUUUGACAUUAGUUUAUUGAACUCUAUUGCCAAGAAAGAUUGA